AAAGAAUUAAGAAAAAAUUGAAAAAUAUAUAAGAAGAAAAAACACAAGUAAACGAAGUAGCAGAAAGCAAUAGAUAUGAGAAUCGUUCGUAAAGACUUCGUGCGCAAUGGCCCUGGAAGCGUCAAGAUGGUGCCAGUGGAUUCUGAUGAUCUAUGGUAUGUAUAUAACUUGAUAGCUCCUGGAGAUUCUAUCAUGGCCGUUACUAUUAGGAAGGUUCUUAGAGAAGCUGCUAAUGGUGGAAGAGAUGCAGAGCGUGUUAAGCUCAAAUUGGAAAUUAAAGUUGAAGAUGGUGUGGAUUAUGAUAAAGAAGGUGCUGUUUUGCGUGUUCGCGGGAAGAAUAUUCUAGAGAAUGAACAUGUCAAGAUUGGGGCAUUCCAUACUUUGGAAAUUGAGUUACAGCGACCCUUCGUGCUCAGGAAGGAUGUCUGGGAUUCUUAUGCUUUGGAGGUACUCCAGCAGGCCUCUGAUCCUGGUGCUAGUGCUGAUCUAGCUGUAGUGUUGAUGCAAGAAGGAUUGGCCCAUAUUCUCCUUGUUGGUAGAAGCAUGACUGUUACUCGUUCACGAAUAGAAGCUUCAAUUCCUCGCAAACACGGGCCUGCUAUUGCUGGUUAUGAGAGAGCUUUGAACAAGUUCUUUGAUAAUGUUUUGCAGGCAUUCUUGAGAAUUAUAGAUUUCAACGUGGUUCGUUGUGCUGUGAUUGCAAGUCCUGGAUUUACAAAAGAUCAGUUUCAUCGUCACUUAUUUUUGGAGGCAGAAAGAAAACAACUGCGACCUAUUAUUGAAAACAAGUCACGCAUCAUUCUUGCGCACACAAGCUCAGGAUACAAGCAUAGUUUAAAAGAGGUUCUUGAUGCUCCAAAUGUCAUGAGUAUGAUAAAAGAUACUAAGGCAGCACAAGAGGUUCGAAUUCUGAAGGAUUUCUACGACAUGCUUUCAAAUGAUUCAGCACGUGCUUGUUAUGGAGCAAAACAUGUUGAGGUUGCCCAUGAAAGACUAGCUGUGCAAACGCUUCUCAUUACAGAUUCUCUUUUCAGGAAUGCAGAUAUACCAACGAGGAAAAAGUUUGUCAACUUGGUCAAUUCUGUUAAGGAUUCCGGAGGUUCUGUCCAUGUAUUUUCAUCAAUGCAUGUCUCUGGAGAACAACUAGAACAGAUAAGUGGCAUUGCUGCAAUUCUUCGGUUUCCUCUCCCUGAUCUUGAAGACAUUGAGAUGUAAUGGACAAUAUUAGUCAAGCAAGUUGGUGUUUAUUUUUAUACUAUACUAUUCUUAAAUACACACCUUUUGUUGCAACAGUCCCUGAGGACUCUAGGCUAGCAGGAUGCUGGGUUUGCUAGAUAUGAUGAAACAGGGGGCUUGUAGUAUAAAGUAGAAACCUGGCAAUGCAAAGUAAUAGUUGCUAGUUAUAUUUGAUGCUGAGUAUCUUAAGUUAUGGGGUUGAUACUUGUGCUCCUGGGUAUUUAAAUGUAAAAUUUAUACUUCCAAAUUCCCAUCACCACUUGGUUAGCAUUUCCUUUCAAAAUACAAAUAAUGUUUGUGUAUAUUAAUAUUAUUUUUUGAUUUUAUACAGUAUGUUUAUUUUGUUUUCA